UAUCGAUACUAAAUUACUAAAUGAUAUUUUUAUGAUUUUUCUUAAACUGAAAUUUUAUCUAUUCUAUAUUUCUAUGAUUAAAACGUUAUUUCAAAAUACUAAGUUUGAUAAUUGGACUAGAUUUUAAUCCAUCAACACAUUGACAUUGAAAUGAACAAGUUUUUAGCAGUAGCUCGACAUAAAAUAGAUAAUGAAUCAGUUGAAACAAUUACAUCUGAAAAUCAAAGUGAAGUUGAAAGAAAAAUUGAAAAAUUAUUUGAAUCAUUUUGUUCCAAAGCAAAAUGUGAUCCAGAAGUUCCAGUUUUGUACAAACAAGAUCACAUAAAUUAUAUAAAAAAUCAUAUGUUUACACUACCUGAAAACUAUGAAUGCCUGGACUCCAGCCGACCAUGGCUAUGCUACUGGUUAUGUCAAUCACUUGCACUCUUAAAUUGUAAUUUGUCAAUUUCAGAGAAAUCUAAUGUUGUCUCAUUCUUAUCAAAGUGUCAACACGAAUCUGGCGGGUUUUGUGGUGGACCAAAUCAAAUGCCACAUUUAGCUCCCACAUAUGCUGCUGUCUGUGCUUUAUGUUUAAUUGGUACAGAAGAAGCAUAUGCAGUAAUCAAUCGAGAGAAUUUAUAUAAAUUUUUGAUAUCUCUUCGUUUGCCUAAUGGUUCAUUUAGAAUGCACAAAUAUGGUGAAUGUGAUGUUCGUGCUGUAUAUUGUUCAGCAACUGUGGCACGCUUAACCAACAUAUAUACAGAUAGUUUGUUUCAAUCAAGUGCUCAGUGGGUUAUCAGAUGCCAAACAUAUGAAGGAGGCUUUGGUGGGGUGCCUGGAGUAGAAGCUCAUGGUGGAUAUACAUUUUGUGGAUUUUCAGCUUUAUUGUUACUUAAAUCUAUUCAUAUGUGUGACACAAAAUCACUUCUUCGAUGGGUAGCUAAUAAACAGAUGUCGUUUGAAGGUGGUUUCCAAGGGCGAACAAAUAAGCUUGUAGACGGUUGCUAUUCUUUUUGGCAAGCUGCUACUUUUCCAGUUAUAUCAGAACUUUUAGAAUCUGAAAAUCAACGGCCAAUGUGGUCAAUGUAUGAUUAUCAAGCUCUCCAAGAAUAUGUACUUAUAUGUUGCCAGAAUAGAUAUAGUGGAGGCCUAAUUGAUAAACCUGGAAAACCACCUGAUGUGUACCAUACUUGCUAUGUUCUUAGUGGCCUAUCUAUAGCUCAACAUGCAGUUAACAAUAGUAAUUGUGUUAUAGGUAAACCAGAAAACAUUUUGAAUAAAACUAAUCCUAUUUACAACAUUGAAGAAUCUUGUCUACAGAAAGCUCUACAAUAUUUUAGUAUGACAGAACCAAUAAAUUGUUUUUAACUAUGAUUAUUAUACUGUAAAAAGUUUAUUCAAUUUAAUUCUGAGAAACCUGUUCUGUAAAAUUUAAAUUAAGACUAGUUGUAACUUAUUUAUGUUUAUACACUAUAAGUUCCAAGCAAAUUCAUACAUUGUUUAUUUAAUUCAAUUUUAAAGUACUGUAUUUAUGUUAUCUUUAUAAAAAUCAAAAAAAAAAAAAA